AAUGUAAAUACAUAAGAAUAGAGUGGCAUGCAAGUAAAUGCCACGCGAGUCAACUGAAUCGGAUUGCUGAACGACAGGUGAUCAGUAGCCGUCAACCAAAUUGAAUCGCGCAAACAAACGCUUAACAGAUAAGCACCAAAUCGCCUUUAAAAAAGCUGCUUUAGACCUCCUGUUUCUUCCAUCCUACAGAAUUGGACUCCUUCCGCAACAUAAAUAAAAAGCCGAGCUGAUACAAAGAUUUCUGCUAAUUUCUCUUCUGCUACAGAGCUUUAUGGAUGGGGGGCUUGGGAGGAUCGCUGGCAUCUGCUUCGCCACCGGUGAUUUCAUCGCAGACUGUGUGUUGUAUGUGCGGCGAUCUCGGGCUGUCGGAAGAGUUCUUUAGAUGCAGCUCGUGUUUAUUUAGAUCCCAACACAAAUAUUGCAGCGAGCUAUACCCAAAGGCAGCUGCAUACAGUCACUGCAACUGGUGCCUGCGGGAGGCGAGCUGCAAAUUGAUUGCCGGCGAACCUAUGUCGGAUGGUAGCAGCAGCUCCUCCUCCACCGGCGAUGCCCUCAUCUUGGCCUCGAAGCUUCGGAGAGGAGUUCCUCUAUUGCAGCUGACCAUUAAGCCUGUAAAGAAACUCAGGCUGGCUGCGGAGGGUUCACCUCCGCCGCCGGCGGAGAAGGAGAGGUCAAAGUUACCCUUGACUGGUUCGGGAGGAGUGAUCAGGCAGGUCUGCAGAGGCAAAGUUAGAAGGUAUAAGUUACUUGAAGAAGUCUCAAGCUAAGCCACUACUAUAUGUAUACAUAUAUAUAGCUGCAUAGUUUGGUAGUGUGAGUGAGGGUAAGAGAUAUUACAUGAACAUGAGGUAGGUGUGGAUAGGUUUUGAUUUCAUUUACUGUAAUAUCAUAACAAUAUCAUUCGCAUGUAAUAUUUAAUGAAUUAUAAGUUUGGUUUGUGAGAAACAAAUAGUUUUAAAAAACGUGCAAAUAUAUAUUUUC